CACUCUUUUGCAUGCGCCCGCCGUCACCUGGACGCUCUCUAACAUUGAACACUACCAGUCACCCCAAAUACGGCCACGUAACUCUCAACUGCGCGUCCCCUAUCCGCGUCGCGCCAGACUCACCAACACCUUCAUCUGUGUCGCCGAUCGAAUCAACCACACAAAAUGCCAGAAUACACAAAAAUGAAGAAUGCCGAGCUCGAGGCACUGCUCAAGAGCCGCGGUCUGCCUGCGACCGGAAAGAAGGCCGACAUGGUCGAUCGCCUCACCAAGGACGACGAGAAGACGACCGCGCCCGCUACCAACGCCGAAGACGAGAUUGACUGGGACGACGAUGGCGAAGAGACUGCCGCUCCCGCUGCAAAGGCCGAUGUCCCCGUAACAUCAAACGCGGAGACGGUCGAGAAGGCUGGAGGUGAAGGAGAAGCGUCCAACCCACAAGCUGUCCCCAACCAGGUCGCCGACAUCGAUCCUGCACAAACCGAUGACUUGACCGUACAGCCGCCUGCAGAGGGUGAGGAGGCAAAGGCAGAGGAGGUCAAGGAACCCGCGCCCGACUUCACCAAGGGUCUGGCUGCCACAAACCUCGACGAGGAGAUUGAGAGGCGCAGGAAGCGCGCAGAGAAGUUUGGUCUGAAGGUCGAGGACGACGAGGGUCUGAAGAAGCUGGAGCGCGCGAAGAAGUUUGGUGAGAGCGCUGCCCCGAGGGGUCUCGACGAGGCUCUCCCUGAGCGCGGACCGCGCAAGCGCGAGCGCGAGGGCGGUGAUGAUGGCGGCGACAACAAGCGUCGCGGGGGUCGACAAGGCGGACGAGGAGGGCGUGGAGGCCGAGACCGACGCGACAACCGCGAACCCCGGGACAACCGCGAACCCAGGGACAGCCGCGACAACAACAGGGCCAGGGGCGGCGACAGAGAGCCUCGCAAAGAGCAGGGCAGGUCAAACGGCGGCGGCAACUGGAAUCUGAAUGACAAGGACCGCGCAGCUGCUGAGGCACGAAAGGCAAAAUGGGCCAACUCUGCCGCGUCUUGA